AUGGUGACAAUGGAUGUGGAUAACAAGCUUUAUAGUGUGGGUCUGAUGAUUGUGGCCACUCUAGUGGUGGCCAAGCUUAUCUCAUGGCUUUUGAUGUCCCGAUCUGGAAAGCGUCUCCCUCCGGUGGUCAACACGUGGCCUGUGAUUGGGGGACUGCUCCGUUUCUUGAAAGGUCCCAUUGUGAUGCUUCGUGAAGAGUACCCUAAGCUUGGGAGUGUAUUCACAUUGAACCUACUUAACAAGAAGAUCACUUUCUUGAUUGGUCCUGAGGUUUCUGCUCACUUCUUCAAGGCCCCGGAGUCUGAUCUUAGCCAGCAGGAGGUCUACCAGUUCAAUGUGCCUACUUUUGGCCCCGGAGUUGUAUUCGAUGUGGAUUACUCAGUGCGGCAAGAGCAGUUCCGGUUCUUCACUGAGGCUCUCAGGGUGAAUAAACUUAAGGCAUAUGUGGAUCAGAUGGUUACUGAAGCAGAGGAUUACUUUUCCAAGUGGGGAGACAGUGGCGAGGUGGACUUAAAGUAUGAGCUGGAGCAUCUGAUCAUCUUAACUGCCAGUAGAUGCCUCUUGGGUCGCGAAGUUCGUGAUAAACUCUUUGAUGAUGUUUCAGCAUUGUUCCAUGACCUUGACAAUGGCAUGCUUCCUAUUAGUGUCAUCUUCCCGUACCUGCCCAUCCCAGCUCACCGUCGCCGUGACCAGGCACGCAAGAAGCUUUCAGAAAUCUUUGCAAGCAUCAUAAACUCCCGUAAGCGUGCUGAACAGUGUGAGAAUGACAUGUUGCAAUGUUUCAUUGAUUCGAAGUACAAAAAUGGCCGACCAACAACUGAAUCUGAGGUCACUGGCUUGCUCAUUGCUGCUCUCUUUGCUGGGCAACACACUAGUUCUAUCACUUCCACUUGGACUGGGGCCUAUCUCCUCCGUCACAAGGAAUACUUAUCUGCUGUGUCAGAGGAGCAGAAAAACCUAAUGAAAAAGCAUGGGAAGAAGGUUGAUCAUGAUAUAUUGUCAGAGAUGGAUGUCCUGUAUCGUAGCAUCAAGGAAGCUCUGAGAUUACACCCUCCACUAAUCAUGCUUCUGCGAAGCUCGCAUAGUGAUUUUAGCGUACAAACCCGUGAGGGAAAAGAGUAUGACAUCCCGAAGGGGCACAUUGUUGCCACAUCACCAUAUUUUGCCAACCGGCUUCCUCAUAUUUACAAGGAGCCAGACACGUACAAUCCAGAGAGAUUUGCUACUGGGAGAGAAGAAGAUAAGGCAGCAGGGGCAUUCUCUUAUAUCUCAUUUGGAGGUGGCAGGCAUGGAUGCCUUGGUGAGCCUUUUGCAUACCUGCAGAUAAAGGCUAUAUGGAGCCAUUUGCUGAGAAAUUUUGAAUUGGAGCUGGUGUCACCUUUUCCUGAGAUUGAUUGGAAUGCCAUGGUGUGUGGGUGUGAAGGGAAAGAUGAUGGUGCGGUACAAGCGACGGGAGCUCUCUUUCGAAUUAAUGGCAAUGGACUUUUUUUGGGUGGUCAGCAGCAGGUUUAA